UUAUCGACGCAUGCCUUUUUAACGUUCUCGCCAACGAAGAUCCAUUUCAAUGAACCAGACCAACAAAUCUUAGCUAAAAAGAGAAACAGAAACCCUAGCUGAUUCUCUUUCCAGAUAAUCUCUCUUACGUUUAGUUGAAAAUUACUUCAGUUUUUCUGAGUAAUUCAUUGGUUUCCCAACGAGAAUUCAGAGAUUCUUUUGAUCGUGAUCGUCUUUGGGUUUAGAUCGAAUUAGGGUUUUCUGAUCAAUUAGGGUUUUUUUGGGAUGGCUCAGGCGGUGGAGGAAUGGUACAAGCAGAUGCCCAUCAUCACCCGCUCGUAUCUCACUGCUGCAAUUAUAACCACAGUUGGAUGCUCUCUCGAUAUCAUUUCUCCAUUUAAUCUCUAUCUGAACCUCAACCUGGUUGUGAAACGUUAUGAGUUUUGGCGCCUCAUCACCAACUUCUUUUACUUCCGAAAAAUGGAUUUGGACUUUUUGUUUCACAUGUUUUUCCUUGCUCGGUACUGCAAGCUCCUUGAAGAGAAUUCUUUCAGGGGACGGACAGCAGAUUUCUUUUAUAUGCUCUUAUUUGGCGCCACUGUGUUAACUGGGAUUGUUUUGGUUGGUGGAAUGAUACCGUAUGUCUCUGAGACUUUUGCCAAGAUUUUCUUCCUCAGCAAUUCUUUAACCUUCAUGAUGGUCUAUGUCUGGAGCAAGCGGAAUCCCUUUAUACACAUGAGUUUCUUGGGUCUCUUUACUUUCACAGCUGCUUAUCUCCCUUGGGUUCUUUUAGGCUUUUCGAUACUUGUCGGUAGCAGUCCUUGGAUUGACCUUCUGUUGUGUUUUAUUUUCACAGGGUAUGGCUGCUGGUCAUGCAUAUUAUUUUCUUGAAGAUGUGUAUCCACGCAUGACAGGGCGUCGGCCAUUGAAGACCCCCCAAUUCAUCAAAGCUCUCUUUGCUGAUGAGACUGUUGUGGUUACACGACCAGCAAAUGUGAGAUUUGCCGCGGCAGCUCCCGAAAAUCAUGAAGAGUGAUUUAUGAUGUCCUUAAAAUCAUGGUAAUGGGACCCACACCUUUGCAUUCCAACCCUAUAUGACCGAUUUACAUAUUGCCAACUGUCAACUCAUGCAUGGCUCUUCUCUUUGAUCACAGAGUUGAGAUUAAAUGGGUCAUAGCUUUUCUGCAUGUAUUUGCAUGGAUUGGUUAGUGUUUCAAGUUUUAGAAAUCUUUUAUACGAAGAGUAGGGUCAUUUGGAUGGGGGUAGUCUAUUGGUGUAAGGGGUGCUUAGUACCUUAUAUUGCCAACAAUUUCUACUGUCAUAAGUUGUGUAAAUGAAAGGUAAAAUAACUGAACUGUCCUUUGAUCUUC